AUGCAUGCUCCUCCGCCGUCUUAUCCUGCUCGACCUGAAGCUCUUAAAAAUACUUACGGUUACGUUGAUGCGUUGUCUAUGUCGAAAUCUGCAAUGAAACGACUGAAAAAAUCCUACGAACGGUUUUUAUAUAUGGCAGCUAAAUUUUCACCAAAAAAUGAAUACAAUUUUGUUCAUCCGGCAUAUGCUAUUGAUAUUAUUUGGCAUUCACAUAUGCAAGAACCAUUAAAGUAUGCUACCGAUAGUAUUCGUAUUGUUGGCUACAUAAUGGAUCAUGCUCCAUGGCCUUCUACUGAUGUUGAUAAAACAAAACAAUCUUGUCUGGAUACAAAUAAUAUUUGGAAAAAUGAAUUUGGAUGUGACAUUUCUACUGAUCAUUUGCACGAUGCAGUUAAAGAUCAGAAUCACAAUCGGUAUGAUGAGUAUGACUGA